UAGUGUCUAAAAGUACUUCUGUAUUUUUUGUUUAGAAUAUGGGACAAAACAUGGCAUAGGCAAACUGGGGGCUGGAAUUCGUCUUUGGGCAAACAUAAAUCCUAAUCUUCUUUUAGCUGUUUUUCUUCCUGCUCUUCUGUUUGAGAGCUCUUUUGCCAUGGAAGUGCACCAAAUAAAGAAAUGCAUGGUGCAAAUGCUACUACUUGCUGGACCUGGUGUGCUAAUAUCGACCUUUUGCCUCGGAGCUGCAUUGAAGGCCACUUUUCCCUAUCAAUGGGACUGGAAAACAUCAUUGUUACUCGGAGGGCUACUUAGUGCCACGGAUCCUGUUGCUGUUGUGGCGUUGCUAAAAGAACUUGGAGCAAGCAAAAAGCUAAGCACUAUAAUUGAGGGAGAGUCAUUGAUGAAUGACGGGACUGCUAUUGUCGUCUAUCAGUUGUUCUAUCAAAUGGUGAUGGGACAGAGCUUCAACAUGGGGAACAUAAUAAAGUUUCUUUCACAAGUUACACUUGGCGCUGUGGCUGUGGGACUAGCCUUUGGAAUAGUAUCAGUAUUGUGGCUGGGCUUUAUUUUCAACGACACAGUUAUAGAGAUCACAUUGACUCUUGCUGUUAGCUACAUCGCUUACUUCACCGCACAGGAUGCAGCGGAGGUUUCUGGUGUCUUGACUGUUAUGACCUUAGGAAUGUUCUAUGCAGCUGCAGCAAGAACAGCUUUUAAGGGAGAUAGCCAAGAAAGUUUGCAUCAUUUCUGGGAAAUGGUGGCAUACAUAGCCAAUACAUUAAUUUUUAUUUUGAGUGGGGUGGUAAUAGCUGAAGGUGUCCUAAACAACGACAAUCACUUUGAGAGACAUGGCACUUCAUGGGGCUAUCUUGUUUUGCUGUAUGUCUAUGUUCAAGUCUCGCGAAUAAUAGUUGUUGCCGUGCUGUAUCCACUUUUGCGAUACUUUGGAUAUGGCUUGGACUGGAAAGAAUCAAUUAUUCUUGUCUGGGCAGGGUUGCGAGGGGCUGUGGCUUUGGCACUAUCGCUAUCUGUUAACCGUGCUAGCGACAACCCAGAUCAAUCUUAUCUUAAACCAGAAGUAGGAACUCUGUUUGUAUUUUUCACGGGUGGCGUUGUUUUCCUAACACUGAUUGUGAAUGGGUCAACUACUCAAUGGUUCUUGCAUCUUUUGGGAAUGGAUAAACUAUCAGCGGCAAAGAUUCGGAUAUUGAGCUAUACGCGGUAUGAAAUGUUAAACAAGGCACUUGAGGCGUUUGGUGAUCUUGGGGAUGAUGAAGAAUUAGGACCAUCUGAUUGGCCUACUGUCAAGAGGUAUAUAACAUGCUUGAAUGAUUUGGAAGAAGAACAGGUGCAUCCUCAUAAUGUCUCUGAGAGUGACCAUCAUCUACGUAACAUGGCGCUCAGAGAUAUUCGAAUACGUCUUUUGAAUGGUGUUCAGGCUGCCUAUUGGGGAAUGCUUGAAGAGGGAAGAAUUACUCAGAAUACUGCAAUUAUUUUAAUGACUUCUGUUGAUGAAGCUAUGGAUGUCGUAUCAACCGAACCUUUAUGUGAUUGGAAUGGAUUACGAUCCAAUGUCCAUUUUCCCACCUAUUAUACAUUCCUUCAGAUGAGCAGGUUACCGCAAAGGAUCAUUACAUUUUUCACAGUGGAAAGGUUGGAGUCUCAAUGUUAUAUAUGUGCUGCAUUUCUUCGUGCUCAUCGGAUAGCAAGGAGGCAACUUCAUGAUUUUAUUGGUGAUAGCGAGAUUGCUAGCGUUGUUAUUGAUGAAAGUUAUGCCGAAGGAGAGGAAGCUAGGAAGUUCUUGGAAAAUGUUCGUCUUGCAUUUCCUCAGGUCCUCCGUGUGGUUAAGACUCGACAAGUAACAUAUUCAAUAUUGAAACAUCUCAGUGAGUAUGUGCAAAAUCUUCAGAAGGUCGGGCUACUCGAAGAGAAGGAAAUGUUUCAUCUUGACGAUGCCGUGCAGACUGACCUAAAGAAGCUUCUAAGAAAUCCACCACCGGUGAAAAUGCCCAAAGCAAGCGAUCUUUUGAGUGCCCAUCCUAUGUUUGGUGCACUGCCUGAUGAGGCGCGUGAUGCUCUGAAAGCUUCUAUGAAAGAAACUCUAAAAUCGAAUGGAGCGACCUUGUAUAAGGAGGGUUCCAGGCCAAAUGGCAUUUGGCUUAUCUCAGCUGGAGUUGUAAAGUGGUCAAGUAGGAGGCUCAGCAGCAAGCACUCAUUGCAUCCAGUUUUUUCACAUGGAAGCACUUUGGGCCUUUUUGAAGUGCUCGCUAGAAAGCCUUAUAUAUGUGAUGUGAUAGCAGAUUCUGUUGUACAGUGCUUCUUUAUAGAAGCUGAAAAGUUGCAGUCAUUGCUUAAGUUUGUCUCUGCUGUUGAAGAUUUCCUGUGGCAGGAAUGUUCUUUAGUCAUCGCUAGGCUCUUGCUUCCCCAAAUAUUCGAAGAGAUGGCUAUGCAUGAAUUGAGGCUUUUUUCGGCCGAAAGAUCAACAAUGAAAAAUUAUGGAAGAGGAGAGGUUAUAGAACUGAAACAAAAUUGUGCUGCCAUUUUAUUAGAUGGAUUUGUAAGGAUUAAAGAAGAGCAGCAAAAUUUUAUUAUGCCUCCUGCAGUAUUGUUGUCACCACACACUGAUGCGAGCUUUUAUGGCCUUGAAUCUUCAGCUCUCGACAACAGAGACUUUUGUUGUGUGGCAUCCCAGUUCGAGGUGGAGCCGAGAGCAAGGGUGAUUAUCUUCGACUUGGGUAAAUAUGAGGUAGAGAAUGCUCUGUCUCAAAGGUGGUCCAUGUCAAAAAUGGUUUCACCUGCAGUUGAACCCCUGCGAACCCGAAGCAGAGAACAUACUGGUUUGCUCAGCUGGCCAGAGAGCUUUUACAAAGAAAUAGAGCACCACCAGAGUACCAGUCGAACUGAUAAGCAACCCACUAGCUUCUCUGCCAGAGCUUUGCAGCUGAGCAUGUAUGGAAGCAUGGUGAAUGACAUGUACGGUGCCCAAAGAAGGGACCGGCGGGCUUCGCGAGCUAAUCACGUGCACAGCUUUUCUUAUCCUCGGGUUCCGUCGAAGACGAGAAGCUCGGAAACUUUGGUCUGUGUCCAGUCAGAAGGGAGCAGCAUGAAAAGAAGGAUGAAGUCCAUGAAUUCAGCUAAAUUUUCUCUAAUCCCUCCACUGCCCGUAAGAAGAACAGAAGUUGCUCCUGCACAGGAGAACUCGAGUGACGACGACGACGACUUGGGCGGCGAAGAAGUAAUUGUGAGAAUCGACUCCCCGAGUAGGCUUAAUUUUAAUCACGCAUCAGGCCAUUUGUUUUCUCCACCAGAGGAUCAAUAAUGGGAACCCAGUAUGUAAUUGUUCCAUUACUCUUUGUUUGUAAUUUGAUGUUGGCUUUUCUUUUCUUUUCUUUUUUUUUUGCUUAGUUCUGUAAUU